CAACGGAAACUUUGUGUAUAGAUAAAAAAAUUAAUUUGCGUAUUCACAGUUUAUAUUUUAACGUGUUGAUCGCAUUGCGUCGUUUUGAAAAUCUCUAAAAAUUAUCACGACAUUUGAAGUAAAUGAUAAAUUUGAAAACAUUAUGGGGCAACACCAAAUCCACAAAAAAAAUUGAGCUGUCAAAUGUCAUGUCACUGUCAAGUUAAGUUUGACAUAUCGGCGAUAUCGAAUUUUUUCAUUGCGUGUAAACACCAACAACUUUCCUAAAUAUUGUUUAUUUAUUAUUGGAAUUGCCGCUAGAUGUGCAAGAGAAUGGUUAAUUCAUGAGAAUACAAGCCAGCCGUAACACGAUGUUACGAUUAAGUUUUAUUGGCUGGUUGAAACUUUAAAAUAAGUGGUCAAACGAGUCAGAUGAUGGAAGACGUUGAACCAGAGCCGACUGAGCUGGUGGAACUUGAAGGUAUGCCCGAGGAGGUGAUCGUCAAGUGCGAAGUGAUUGAAAUAUCUGAUGAGGAAGAGGUUCCAACGAAGUGAGUUGAUUAAAUGGAAAAAACGAAAACGCAUAAUCCCAAAGAACCCACAGUCUUGCAAAACGUGUGGCAAAGUUUUUCAAACGGGCUACGAGUUGAAAAAACACACACGCACACAUACAGGCGAGAGACCUUAUAUGUGUACUACGUGCGGAAAGACAUACACACAGCCAGGGCAUUUGAGUAUACAUGUUCUAUCUCAUACGGGGAUAAAAAACUUCAACUGCACGGAAUGUGGGGCGUCUUUUUACAGAAAAGCUGACCUGGACAGGCAUGAAAAGAUACAUACGGGUAUUAAACCCUACCAAUGUGAUAUAUGCUCGAAGAGUUUUACGCAAAAGAACAAUAUGCUGAUGCAUUAUAAGACGCAUGUAGGUGAUAAGCCGCAUGAGUGCGAGGUGUGCUCCAAACGGUUUAUCACGAGGAGUAAACUCGUGCUGCACUCUAAGAAGCAUGAUAAGGAUAAAAAGAGAAAAAGUGAUUUUAUUAGUUGAGUAAAUGUUUUGAUAUUUU